AUGACGAGAGAAGAAGAAGAAGAAUCAAAAGAAGUGCGACGAGAAAAAGAGGAGGAGGAAAAGGAGAAGAAGAAGAAGAGCACUGUUAAUGAUGAGAGUCAUUUAAAAAGCAACAACGACAACGAUGAAAGCCGCCAAAACGACGGCGACGGCAGUAUUCCCGAGUCCGUGUUGAAAGAGUUCGAGGCGUUUCUUAAGGACAACAACGACAACAGUAAAAACAACAAUUCCAUCACGUUUUCCGAGACGCAGUUGUCUCUCCCAGUUCGAGUUUUAAUACACCAGAUGGUGAAAGAAAAAGGAAAGAAUAUGCUCGGGUCGAGAACGAUUUCGGAGACGAAUCAAAUACGCGCGUUUCGAAAGAAAGAUUACUUCUCUAAUAAAGAAGGAGAUGAAGACAAAGAAGAAGACAAAGAGGAAGAAGAACAACAACGCACGAGAUUUGAACGAGGGAAUAUCGAACUGAACGACGCGUUUGACUUUUUCCUUGAACUGAAGUUGAAGACAAAUGGUAAGCGGUCGUCGUCGUCGUCGUUGAAAAUCAACGCGGACGUCGCGAGAAGUAAGUAUCACAAACUCAGUCAACGAUUGCAUCCGAGUUAUAACGCGGCGUCAAGCGGGAGGAUGCGAGGGUGGUGCGAUCAAUGCGGCAUGCUUUUAGAGUUGGGAAGAUGGUACAGGUUUACCACCACCACCGGUUCGAGAAGUAGAAGCGGAGAAAAAGAUGAACGAGACGGAGGAGAAACGGCGGAUGAUUUGACGGAUAUUUGUCGAGUGUGUUUGGAGAAGAAGAAGAAGAAGAAAAAGAUGCGAACGAAUUUUUCGACGAACAAAGGCAGACGCGACGAGACGGAAAACGCGUAUCUCGAGAUGGAAAAGAACGGGGAGUUGGUGUUGAUUAAAGAUUUGUCCGCGUUUGGCGAGAAAGGGAGCGAACUGAGAGAGAUGUAUUGUUGCUCUUUAAACGACGACGAGAGCGACGACGAGAGGGAGAAGAGCAACAACAACAAGAAGAAGAACUCCAUACUACUCACUCGCGCGCACAAAGCGACUUUAGACUUUAAAAAGCUCACGGUCGCGUACCUGUGCUUCAAAGAUCCCUCGAGAACGGAGAUUUACAAAACUUUUGGGUUUGAUCAGUUGAAAAAACACGAAGAAAACUACUCGGAUGUGAAUAUUUUCGAGUGCGAUCCGUGGGAAGUGUACGAGGAUUUCUUCGAAGGCAAAGACGAAGACGAUCGACAAUAUUUACUCUUCAACGGGGUAGAUUUAGAAUCAUCAGACAGCGACUUAGAAGAAGAUAUGAUGGUCGAAGAAGAAGCAGAAGAGGAAAAAGAGGAAGAGGAAGAGGACAUGGACGACGAUUCCGAAGAAGAUCUCAAUCUUCUCAAACAAGCAAAAGAGAUGGCGAAACAACAACAACAACAACAAAAGAAAGUGAUCAUGUCAAAGAGCACAUCCGCGAACGAAGUUUUGAAGUUCCCGUUUUAUCAACCCGGCGGAGUUGGUGGCACGCACAAUCGAUUCGUUGACAACGACGACAACGAGGAGGAUGACGAGAAGAAGGAGGACAUUUGGUCGACAACAAUUUCAAAAGCGGCGGUGUGA